AUGGCUGCUGUGCAGAGGUUCAAUGACUGCAGAGGGCAGAUCCUGCUUUGUUUUGUGCUGAGUAUACUUUUGGAAUCUUGUGCCGCGCAGAUCCGCUACUCUGUGCCCGAGGAGAUGGAGAAGGGCUCUUUUGUGGGUGACAUAGCCAAGGACUUGGAGCUGAAGCCCCGCGAGCUUUCGGAACGCGGAGCCCGAAUCGUCUCCAGAGGUAAGAUGCAGCAUUUUGUUCUGAAUUCCAGAAGCGGCAGCUUAGUCACUGCGGAUAGAAUAGAUAGGGAAGAGCUUUGUCCCGGGGCCCCAAAGUGUUUUUUGAAUUUGGACAUCCUUCUGGAAGACAAAGCGAAUAUUUAUGGAGUGGAUGUGGAGAUAACUGAUAUCAACGAUAGCAAGCCCUAUUUCCGAGCUGAAGAAGUGGAAGUAAAAGUCAGUGAAAUCGCAGCGCCCGAAACGUGAUUCCCUCUCCCAGAAGGAUUUGAUUCAGAUAUGGGUGUGAACUCAGUCCAGAGCUAUCAGCUGAGCCCGAACCAUCAUUUCUGUCUGCAUGUGCAAAGCGGAAUAGACGGGGCCAAGUACCCGGAGCUGGUGUUAGAGCGGGCCCUGGACCGUGAGGAAGAGCCAGUUCACCAUUUCAUCCUCAGGGCCUCGGGCGGGGGAGAUCCUGUCCUCUCAGGCACCGAACAAGUCCGAGUGACUGUCGUUGAUUUCAAUGACAACGCACCAGUAUUUACUGAGCCCACGUACAGCGUGAAUGUUCCUGAGAGUGUGCCUGUGAGAACAUUACUACUCACCGUUACAGCCACAGACCCAGAUGAAGGAGUCAAUGGGGAAGUAAGGUACUCUUUCAGGAAAAUAGCUGAAAGAACCUCAAAGACCUUGCAAAUGAAUGCUGUUACAGGACAAAUAUCAACGACGAAAAACCUAGAUUAUGAAGAAUCUGCCUUAUAUGAGAUGGAAGUACAAGCAGGGGAUGGUCCUGGGCUCCUGGGGAAAGCUAAGAUCCUUGUUUCAGUCUAGGAUGUAAAUGACAGCAUUCCCGAAGUAAGUAUAACAUCCCUCACGAAGUCAGUCUCUGAAGAUUCUCUCUCAGGGACUGUAAUUGCCCUUUUAAAUGUGCAUUACGGGGACUCUGGGGAGAAUGGACGUGUAAUGUGCUCCAUACCUGAGAAUCUGUCUUUUAAACUUAUCAAAUCUUAUGGAAAUUAUCACAAAUUGAUAACAGUGGGAGCCCUAGACAGAGAGAAGGUUUCCCUGUACAAUAUCACUGUGACAGCUACGGACUUCGGGACCCCACCCCUGUCCAUGGACACUUACAUCCCCCUGCAUGUGGUAGACAUUAAUGACAACCCUCCCACCUUCGGUCAGACAUCCUACUCUGUGUACAUCCGAGAAAACAAUCUCAGAGGUGCCUCUAUCUAUUCUGUGAUAGCCCGAGACCCAGACAGCGAAGAGAAUGGCCGUGUCACUUAUUCCAUUGCAGAAGACAUUCUCCAGGAGGCACCUCUCUCCUCCUACAUCUCCAUCAACUCUGACUCUGGCAUCCUCUAUUCUCUGUGCUCUUUCGAUUAUGAACAAUUACUUGACAUUCAACUGCUUGUGAUUGCUGAAGAUGCUGGUGACCCACCUCUUAGUAGCAAUGUGUCUCUAACUCUGUUCAUCCUGGAUCAGAACGACAAUGCCCCAGAAAUCCUAUACCCCACAUUUCCCACAGAUGGCUCCACCAGAGUGGAGUUGGCUCCUCGAUCUGCAGAGCCAGGCUACCUGAUGACAAAGGUGGUGGCAGUGGAUGGAGACACAGGCCAAAAUGCCUGGCUGUCUUACCAUCUACUCAAGGCCACAGAACCAGGCCUCUUUUCUGUGGGCCUACACAUGGGAGAGAUCAGGACUGCCAGAGCCUUUCUAAGCAAAGACACCUUAAAAUAGAAUCUGGUCAUAUCAGUCACAGAUAAUGGAGAGCCUCCCUUCUCUGCCACUGUUAGUGUCACAGUGGCUGUGGCUGACACCAUCCCUGAGGUCCUCUCAGAUCUCAACCGCCUGGCUGUCCCUGAAGUCCCCAGGGAAUCCAAUCUCACUUUCUAUCUUGUCCUGGCUAUUGCUGCUGUAUCCUGCCUGUCCUUUGGCUUCAUCAUUGUCUUACUAGCAUUCAGGUUUUGCAAGUGGAGGGCUUCACAGCUGCUGAGGUCAGGCACUCACCAUUUUGCCAGUGUCCCUGCCUCAGAAUUUGUUGGCAUUGAUGGAGUCCCAGCUUUUCUCCAGACACAUACUCAAGAGGUUACUCUCACUAUGGGCUCUCAGAAGAGCCAGCUAUUCUUUCCCCAACAAUCUUACACAGAUAUUUUAACAUGUCAGAAAAUUCUCAGAAUUUACUUGAAGGUAAUGAGGAUUUUAAUAUUCUCCAGGUAA